UCCUCGGCUAUGAGCACUUCUCAUCCGCAACCUCUCCCACUCCCUGCCCAUACAUCACCAGUCUCGACUCACACGGCACCAUCUCCACAGAAGAAUGCGCGCAGCAACUAUCCCGAUAUGUUAAGCUCCCCACCGGUUCCUCCUCCGAGGACUUCGUCGGCUCGCCGCAGCCCCAACGGGGAGAAAACCAGCUCGCGACACAGCAAAAGUCGAUCUGAUCGCAAGGAAAACCGCGACCGACAACGCGAGGAUCGCAAUGGAAAGAGUCGAUCUCGGCGAGCAGACCCAUUAGAAGAAACGACUCGAGAAUCGGGCAGGUCACGAGAAACCCCUGGAGAGCCCACUGCUCAGAUGAAUUCCGAGAUGGAGGACAGUUCGGGCCAGGAAUUGACGAGAGAGUCCAGCACGGUGAUCAAUUCGGUGCUGGUCAGCGAUCCCGUGGUGGACAGGGAGAGAGAGCAGGUGCGACAAGUGGGCGGAUCACCCGCUGCUGCCGCUGCCAUGGAGGCCCACACCGCCAGUUAUGGCGCACCUGGAGAGGACGGCGCGGAGGAGGGAGCUCGCACGGGUCAUCGCAGUCGACAUGACUACAGCAACAGCGGGAAAGAUCUCAAGCGCAAGGAGACUACCUUCGGUACCUACAUCCUCGGACAAACCCUCGGCGAAGGCGAGUUUGGAAAAGUCAAGCUAGGCUGGAAACGAGAUGGGAGCAUUCAAGUCGCUAUCAAAUUGAUUCGGCGAGAAUCCUUAGGGUCGAACCCCAGUCGAUUGCCCAAGAUCUACCGUGAGAUCUCCAUUCUGCGCGACCUCGCUCACCCCAACAUUGUCCGUUUACAUGAGAUGGUCGAAACGGACCGACACAUCGGUAUCAUUAUGGAGUACGCAUCUGGUGGUGAGCUGUUCGACUACAUUCUGAACAACCGCUAUCUGAAAGAUAACUCAGCGCGCCGAUUGUUUGCGCAAUUGGUGUCCGGUGUCGGCUACCUGCACAAAAAGGGCAUUGUUCACCGCGACCUAAAGCUCGAGAAUUUGUUGCUGGACAGGAAUCGUAACAUCAUCAUCACCGAUUUCGGAUUCGCAAACACCUUCAAUCCCGUUGAUCAAUUGGAGGAGGAGAUUGAGUACAACUUGACCAACAAGGAGUACGUGAAGCGCAAGCGUCUGGACAAAUUGGGUCCUGAUGGAAUGCGUCGGGGUGAUUUGAUGCAGACCAGCUGUGGAAGUCCCUGCUAUGCAGCUCCAGAGUUGGUGGUCAGUGACUCGCUUUAUACUGGUCGCAAAGUCGAUGUCUGGAGUUGUGGUGUUAUUUUGUACGCCAUGCUCGCAGGAUACUUGCCCUUCGACGAUGAUCCAGCCAACCCCGACGGCGACAACAUCAACCUCCUGUACAAGUACAUCGUUACUACACCUCUAACCUUCCCCGAAUAUGUCACCCCCCACGCCCGUGACCUCUUGCGACGCAUUUUGGUUCCCGAUCCUCGGAAACGUGCCGAUCUCUUCGAGGUCGCUCGCCAUAGCUGGUUGAGUGAGUACUCGCACAUUGUGUCGCACAUUACCAGCAGCACCACCAAUGUGGCAGAUAUUACCAACUCAACUGUUCCGGCCGAACCCAAGAAUGAAGCGCCAGCACUUGCGCGCAGCGCCUCGGUUCGCGAGCCGCCCAAGACCAGCCAUAGCACGGUUCCAGCUGUUGGUGGACUCAAUCACCAUGCUGGUGAUAUUUCACAAGGAUCGCCAAGUGACAAGUCGAAGACGUCUCGGGAUGCUAAGCGGAGAACUGUGCAAGUUGAAUAUGUUGCUCCUCAGUCUCAGACAACGAGAGGGGAGUACCAGGACACUCCGGAAUCACGCAGCCGAGGAACGACGAAACAGGAAAUGCAAGCACCCGCGCCACCAGCCAAGGAUACAACCACGCGAACGGCACCCAAACCCCCUGUCAAUUACGACAAGCCAUUGCCUGGGCACUUCCCCCGAUCCACCUCGGACAAUGCCGCAUUCACAGGAACACACACUACUGCCACCCCCGGAGUUUCGACUACGCGGCCGACGACCGGUGGCUCUAUGGCAUCUUUCCACACUGGUCGUUUGCCCUCACGAGGCUCCUAUGGCCAGCCAGUGGCUCCUACCGUCACUGCAACCAACACUGAAGGUCGUCUUGCACAGCCAAAGAGCGGCCAAUUCUCCCUCGCGCAGAACCCGGCGCAGGCAUCCACUGCUUCUAUCGGCCGUCCGAGCACCCAGCAACUGCCUUCAGCAUUCAACCCGACUCCUCGACAAGAGCCCCCCAAGGGCCACAAGCGUUCAAACACCGUCUCUAGUAUCGGCGAGAAGCUAUUUGGUCGCUCUGGCUCAAUCCUGGGUGGUCGCAAUUCGCAGUCAAAUGCUACCUCUCGUGGGGAUCGUCAGAACAAGCGAUAUCCCCCAACGAGUAUGAAAGAGCAUUUGCCUCGGGAAGAUUCUCGUGUUUCCAUGGAUUCUCGGCGGUCGAUGCAGUACUCUCACAGUCGCAAGGCCAGCCAGGCCGGUGAAGGCCGUGCUCGUCGUUUCUCCCUGCUUCCGUCUUCUUUCUCCUUCCGGGGUUUCUCUUCUGGCCGAGAUCAGACUCCAGAGGAGGUAUCUCAGACCCCGCGCACGAUGGAGCCCAUUGGACCACAGCGCCCAGCUACUGGUCCGGCCCUGACUCGACCCCGCGCGACAACAUAUUCAACGCAAGAGGCCAUGGGUAUGGUCAGCGAAGGGCCUGCAGAGGAGACCUUUGAAAGGAAGAACUCCGACCCUCUUAGCUAUGAGGCUCAAAUUGACCAACAGUUCGCUGAGCUCGGCAACCGAUUCGACGAGACCCAGGAUUCUUUUGGCGCCAUUUCCACGGAGCAGGUCCACCAAAACGACGAUGGGUACUCGGGUCACAACUACACCUACUCUUCAAAGCCUAAUUACUACGACGAUUACAACGGCACCUACGACAGCAUGCCUCGCCAGUCUAUGCAAACCGGUCGGCGCGGGCCCAGUGUCCUGCAAAAGAACCAUCGCAAAUUCGCGGAUGCCUAUGAGUACGAGCGGGAUGGAUCUCACCAUUCCGGCAGCUCUGGUGCGGCCAGGAAGGUCAUGGACUUCUUCCGCAGACGUGCCAAGUCUCGUGCUGGCGAUGACCGAUAG